AUGUCCCUCCCCUCCCUCCUCCAACCACCCCUAAAAUCAACCCUCUCCGACCCUCUUCCAACCGAAUGCCACUUCUACCCCUCCCUUCCCGCCGACGAGCCCCCGGAAGCUUUGAUCUAUUUCAUCCCCGGGAACCCAGGUUUCGUGAGUUACUACACCGACUUCUUCGAUGAGGCGUGGGAGAGAAUGGGAAAGAGAGUCGCUAUUUUGGGGGUGUCGCAUGCUGGGUUUCCGCCUGCGCUGCCGCUGGGGGAGCCAUUGGAUGUGAGGGGGCAGGUUGCGCAUAAGGUUAGGAUAUUGGACCGGGUUCUGGAGGAAAUGGAUAUGAAGAACAAGGGAGGGAAGAGAACAAAGAUUGUGUUGGUGGGGCAUAGUGUUGGGAGUUUCAUCGCAUGCGAAGUCCUGAAAGAACGACCCGACAUCGUCGACGCAGCGAUCCUCCUCUUCCCGACCCUAUCGCACAUCGCACUCUCCCCGCAAGGUAAAAUCCUCACCCGAUGCCUUUCAAUCCCCGGUUUCGCACGCGGAAUCUCAUACCUCCCAGCUAUCCUCCGCACCCUCCUCCCCUCGCCCAUUCUCAACACACUCGUCAAAUCAGUAACCGGGUUACCGGAAGCUGGGUUGAGAACAACUGUUGACGAACUCCUCAACUCCUCCUCCGUCUACUCGGCCCUAAGCCUUGCCGCCUCCGAACUCCUUCUCAUCCGCGACCUUGAUCCGAACUUCUUCGCUACACACGCAUCGAAAUUGAUAUGUUACUACGCAGCCACAGAUGCAUGGGUCGCCGAGUGGGCGAGGGAGGAGGUUCGAAGUAUGGGUGAAGAGAAGGGACUGAAGUUUUAUUUGUGUGCGGAGGGGGUGCCGCAUGCGUUUUGUUUGAGGCAUGGGAGGCUUAUGGGGGAGAAGGUUGCGGGGUGGGUGCAGGAGCUGAUUAGAGCUGAUGAGCUGAAAAACUGA